AUGGAAGGCGAAAAUGGAACUGGAACGGAGGCGUCCGGGUUUGUGAACACACUCCAGAGCCACGUCGAUGAUAUUAGAGGUCUGCUGCACUGUGGGAUCUGCAUUCGGCCUCUCUAUGAACCUUUCACCCUUGCCUGCGGUCAUACUUUCUGCUAUUCCUGUCUCUCGUCAUGGUUCGCUGGAGGCCGAUCGAAGCGAACUUGUCCUGAUUGUCGAGCACCUGUCAAAACCCUGCCCGCACCGGCAUACUUGGUACGGGCAGUUGUGCAGAUGUUUACAAGUCGCGCGGAGCUCCUCGAUGAAGGCGAGACUACAGCCGAGCAUUCUUCAAACCAGAAAGAAGAGUCGGAGCGACUGGACCGAGACAAAGCGAAUACCGAUCCGCGGCACGGAGGUCUUUUCGGAGGACUGUUCAACCCAAAGCCACCUCAGCUCCAUCCUAUUGUCGACGUAGAUGACAACGUCACUCGCUGCCCACAGUGCAACUGGGAGCUGGCGGGUGACGAGGUAUGCGAGAGUUGUGGAUACAUUUACCAGGCAGAAUCUGAUGGAUCGGACUACACAGACGAGUCUGAUGAUUUUAGCGGAACCGAAGACUACGACGGGGAAGUCGAGAACGACGAGUUUGGUGAUUUUGAUACAGGUGAUUUCGAAGUCCACCCGCGAAUGACUGGUACUGUGUACACUUUCAAUCCCGGUCUUGAUCCUACGCGCCCGUAUCACCUACCUCCUCGCCCUCCAUUCUUCCAACCUCCGACUGGUGGAGUCGCUAAUUUGAAUAAUCUUCUUAACCCGGAUUCAAACGACUAUGACGACGACUACGAAGAAGAGGAGCCCGAUGAGUACGAAGCGGAUUCGUUCAUCGAUGAUGAAGAACGCCCUAGUCACACUGAAGAAUGGUCCCAACCUUUCGGUUCCAACGAUGUACGGCAAAAUUUACCUCCCUACCGGCCAUCCUCGUCUGUACCUUCCUCUCCUGUGUACCAAGACAUUUCCUUCCACGAUGAGUACGAAGACGAAGAUGAGGUUGUCAGUCGACCACGUCGUCUUCUUCGUGGAACCUACUCCAGUGACGAGGAAGAAAAUGAAGAGGAUACUAGUAGCGUGACCGAACAGCCUCACCCAAAUCCUCGGCGCGGAGCCUUAACAAGCGACGAGGGUGAUCAUGAAGAGGACAGCGAGGUGGCAGAGGACGAAGACAGUCUCGUUGCUGAGGUACAUGCUACAGAUGCGAAUGCGAACCGUGGACGCCGCCGUAACCAUCGUGUGAUCUUUGAUGAUGACGACGAGGACAGUGAACCGUCAAGCUCAAGCCCUCCGCCCCAGAGAAGACCAGUGGGACCUUCACGGACUGGAGGAGCCUCUGCUAGCAACGUCAUCACUAUCGAUGACUCUGACGAGGACCAACCCGUUGGUCCUGUCAGAAGAAGAACGGUUCAACGACCACAUUUCCGAUUUUCACCAUACUAG